AUGCCGCAACCACUCAGUACGAGAGAGGCCAACCUCUUUCGUACCGUCAUCCGUCACUAUGAGGAUAAGCAGUACAAGCGCGGUCUGAAAGCCGCCGAGCAGAUCCUAAAGAGGAACCCCAGGCAUGGAGACACAAUGUCCAUGAAGGCCCUGAUUCUCAAUGCCCAGGGCAAGACCGAGGAGGCGUUCGCCCUUGCGAAGGAGGCACUGACGAUCGAUAUGAAGUCGUACAUUUGCUGGCAUGUCUACGGCAUCCUCUACCGCACCAAUAAGAACUUUGACGAGGCCAUCAAGGCCUACAGGUUCGCCCUCAAGCUGGAGCCCGAUUCGCACCAAAUCCAGCGUGACCUGGCCGUCCUUCAAGUUCAGAUGCGCGACUACCAGGGCUACAUCCAGAGCAGGUUCGUCAUGCUCAAGGCGAGACCACAGCUGCGUCAGAAUUGGACCGGGCUUGCCAUUGCCUACCACCUCGACGGCAAUCUCGAGCAAGCCGAGAACAUCCUCACCACCUAUGAGAGUUCUGUCACCACCAAGCCCCUGAAAAGCGAUCUUGAGAACUCCGAGGCGCUUCUGUAUAAGAAUUCAAUCAUCGCCGAGAGGGGGGAUAUUCAGCGGGCGUUGGAACAUUUGGAGGCAGACUGCAAGCAUUGCCUAGACCGGCUGGCUGUUAUGGAGCUCCGGGCCCAUUAUCUCGCACAACUUGGUCGGAAAGAUGAGGCGGCAAAGGCGUAUCGCGCGUUACUGGAUAGGAACUCUGAGCAUCCAGACUAUUACAAAGGCUUGAUCGAAGCCUUGGACAUCCCGGCAGAUGACGAGACCUCCCUGAAGGCUGUUUAUGAUGAGUAUUCCGCUAAGAACCCUCGCUGCGAUGCCGCGCGGCGUCUUGCGCUGGACUUCUUAUCCGGCGACCGCUUCCGCACCGCCGCGAAAGCGUACUUGACUCUGAUGUUUGACAAGGGAGUUCCCUCUACGUUUGCCAACUUGAAGCACUUGUACUCGGACGCGUUCAAGAAGGAUACCUUGCCUGUCCUCGCCGAGGAGUAUCUGGGAGAGCACAGCGGUGGCUCGACUGCUGAGGGCCAGGCAAAUGGCGACAGCUCUAAGGGUGAAGGAGCCGCUCUUUACUUCUUGGCACAGCAUUAUAACUACUACAUGUCGCGCGACCUCUCCAGGGCCAUGGAAUUCGUCGACAAAGCCAUCGAGCUGGAUCCCCAGAAUGUCGAUUUCCACAUGACCAAGGCUAGGAUAUUGAAGCACCAAGGCGAGAUUGCGAAGGCUGCGGAAGCAAUGGACCAUGCUCGCUCGCUCGACACAAGAGAUCGCUACAUCAACUCCAAGGCUGCGAAAUACCAGCUGCGCAACAAUGAGAACGAGAAGGCUCUGGCCACGCUGGGCUUAUUCACGCGAGCAGAAACCGUCGGGGGUCCUCUUGCCGAUCUGACCGACAUGCAAUGCAUUUGGUUCCUGACCGAGGAUGGCGAGGCAUGGCAGCGACGGGGCAACCUCGGCCUAGCCCUGAAGCGUUAUCAUACCGUGUUCAACAUCUUCGAUAUCUGGCAGGAGGAUCAGUUCGACUUCCACAGCUUCUCCCUGCGGAAGGGUCAAAUCCGAGCCUAUAUCGACUUAGUGCGCUGGGAGGACCGGUUGAGGGAGCACCCGUUCUACUUCCGGGCCGCCUUGGACGCUGUCAACCUCUACCUUUCGAUGCAUGACAAGCCCCAGAACGGCGCCAAUGGCGCUGGGGACGAUCUGGCCAAUGGCGAAGAUGCCGCCGAGAAGAAGAAGGCGGCUAAGAAGGCUAGGAAGGAGGCCCAAAAAGCAGAACGGGAGGCUGCUGAGAGGGCUGCCAAACGCGACCCGAACAAGGCUGGCCCCCAGAAAACCAAGGACGGCGAGGAGGCGAAGAAGAAGGAUGAUGAUCCGGACGGAGCGAAGCUGGCCGCCACUACGGAUCCCCUGGGUGAUGCGAUGAAGUUCUUGUGGCCCUUGCUCCAGUUUAGCCCCAAGAACAUCGACGGCCAGAUCGCUGGUUUCGAGGUCUUCAUUCGUAGAAACAAAUACCUCCUGGCCCUGCGCUGCUUGAAGGCGGCGCUCGCCAUCAACCAAGAGCACCCCAAGGUCCUGGAACAGGCGACCAAACUACGGAAGGCUCUGGCCGAUGCUCAGGAUUCGCUAGCGCCCAAGUUGAAGGAGGUCUUUCAAUCCGAACUUGCCGGUGUCCCAGGAGCCUAG